CGGUGGCUUUAAUUGAUAUUUUUCACAAAAAAAAAAAUUUAGUCAAUAAAUACAUUCGUGAACAAUAAUUUUUUUUUUGCUUUUUUUUCCUCCAUACCCUUUUUAUAUACAAAAAUGAGCGAAACUUUCCUUUUCACAUCUGAAUCCGUCGGUGAAGGUCACCCUGACAAGAUCUGUGAUCAAGUCUCUGAUGCUAUCUUGGAUGCCUGUUUAGCUCAAGAUCCUAUGUCCAAGGUUGCUUGUGAAACUGCUGCCAAGACUGGUAUGAUCAUGGUCUUUGGUGAAAUCACCACCAAGGCUAACCUCGAUUACCAAAAGAUUAUCCGUAACACCAUCAAGCAAAUUGGUUAUGAUGAUUCCGAAAAGGGUUUCGAUUACAAGACCUGUAACGUUUUAGUUGCUAUUGAACAACAAUCUCCUGAUAUUUCUCAAGGUCUUGUUCAAAAGUCCUUCAACAUUGAAGAUAUUGGAGCUGGUGAUCAAGGUAUCAUGUUUGGUUAUGCCACUGAUGAAACCCCCGAGAUGAUGCCCUUGACUGCUGUCCUCUCUCACAAGCUCAACAAGCGUAUGGCUGACCUCCGUCGUGACGGUACCCUCUCUUGGUUGCGUCCUGAUUCCAAGACCCAAGUCACCAUUGAGUACAAGAACGAUAACGGUGCCAUGAUCCCUCUUCGUGUCGAUACCGUUGUUGUCUCUGUUCAACACGCUGCCGAGAUUGAGACUGAAGAUCUCCGUAAGGCUUUGAUGGAACACAUUGUCAAGCCUGUUAUCCCUGCCCAUCUCCUCAAGGAUACCGUCUACCAUUUGCAACCUUCUGGUAAGUUCAUCAUUGGUGGUCCCCAAGGUGAUGCUGGUUUGACCGGUCGUAAGAUUAUUGUUGAUACCUAUGGUGGUUGGGGUGCUCACGGUGGUGGAGCUUUCUCCGGUAAGGAUUGGUCCAAGGUCGAUCGUUCUGCUGCUUACACUGCUCGUUGGAUCGCCAAGUCUUUGGUCAACGCCAAGCUCGCUCGUCGUGCUCUUGUCCAACUUUCUUAUGCUAUUGGUGUCGCUGAGCCUCUUUCUAUCUUCGUUGAUACCUAUGGUACCUCUGAGAAGUCUGCCACUGACUUGGUCGAAAUCAUCCGUCAAAACUUUGAUCUCCGUCCUGGUGUCAUUGUCAAGGAGCUCGAUCUUUUCAAGCCCAUCUACCAAAAGACUGCUGCUUACGGUCAUUUCGGUCGUGACGAAUUCUCUUGGGAACAACCCAAGGAACUCAAGUUCUAAGCUAUUUAACUUAAUUUUGUUAAAAACUUAUUUUUGGAGUUAACGUUUUCAACAAACUGCAUUUCAUAUCCCCCCCACCUCCUUCUCUUCUCUUUUUAAAAACUCUAAUUGUUAGAUAAUUUUCCUCCCCUUUUUUUUAUAUAAUUGUUUCCUCUUUUUUUCCUCUUUUUUUUUACACACUGACAUUCAACAUGAUCGGAACCGAUAGCCAUCCCGGUUGCAGGAUGGGUUUUAAAAUAAAAUAUACAUUUUUACCACAAAGUGGUCAUAAUA